AUGUUAAACCGGCCACCAUUCAUCGCCGGAUACGGGGAAGACUGUGUGUCCGACAAGUCCGUGCCGUGGACAAGUCCGUGGACAAGUGCCCGUAUUCGUGCAGGUUGUGAGAGCUUAGUUAAUGACCCGAGACCAGGCCAGGCAAACACAGUCAUCACGGCCGAUCUCAUCGACAAGGUGGACGACCGAGUGUGCGCGCAGUGGGUUCCGAAGCAGCUCACCGACCAGCACAAGGAACUGCGUAUGGGGCUAGCACUUCGACAUCUGUUUAGGUAUCAUGAAGACCCUGCUUUCCUGGAGCGCAUCGUCACAGGUGAUGAGAGCUGGUGCGAGCCAGAGACAAAGCGGGACAGCAUGUAG